AUAUAUUUUAGCUUGACCUUCUCCAAAUUUAGGAAAGGAAAAAAAACGAAAAAUAUCUCUUCACCGGCGGAGCUGCCAUUGUUAAACAAUUCGGCGCCUUCCUAAUCAUAAUCUUGAAAGAUCUCAGUUAGUUUCUUCAUCCUUGCAAAUGAUGAUCACAACUACUAGUACUACUUUUACACCAAUUCGAAACCGCCACUUGGCCCCAGCAGCAGCACACCCACUAAUCAAGAAGCUUUCAUUUCAUUCCCCAACUCGAGAAAGACUUGAUUUUCAGCAGCCCAGAUUAGCAUUUUUUCAAAGAAAUGGACUUGUGGGCAGGCCAGAUGAUAAAGGCCCAUUUUCUUUUGUAUCUUCUGCUGCUAAGAAAGAGUCUGAACCCAGUUCCACCAAUCAGUUUCAGGAUCCGCCAUCAUCUCAAAACUGUGAUCCUCUCUGUUCUGUAGAUGAAACAAGCUCACAAGAAUUCGAAGCUACAUACCAACCAAAAACUGAUUUCCUGAAAGCUCUUGCAAUUUUUGCAGCAACAGGAACUGGAGCAUUAGCAAUCAACCAUUCUUGGGUGGCGGAAAACCAGGAUCUCGCCAUGGCAUCACUAUUUGGAAUAGGGUAUGCAGGCAUUAUAUUUGAAGAAUCUCUUGCUUUUAACAAAAGUGGAGUGGGAUUACUGAUGGCCGUUGGUUUAUGGGUUAUACGAAGCAUUGGAGCACCUUCGACUGAUAUAGCUGUUACAGAAUUGAGCCAUGCAUCUGGAGAAGUCAGUGAAAUAGUAUUCUUCUUGCUUGGUGCAAUGACCAUUGUGGAAAUAGUUGAUGCUCAUCAAGGAUUCAAGCUGGUCACUGAUAAUAUUACUACUCGUAAACCACGAACUCUCCUGUGGGUGGUUGGUUUCGUGACCUUUUUCCUAAGUUCGGUCCUUGACAAUCUCACCUCCACAAUUGUCAUGGUGUCAUUAUUGAGGAAACUGGUUCCUGCAUCAGAUUUCAGAAAGUUACUAGGUGCCGUUGUGGUGAUAGCAGCAAAUUCUGGUGGAGCAUGGACUCCCAUUGGUGAUGUUACAACUACUAUGCUUUGGAUACACGGUCAAAUAUCCACGCUGCCGACUAUGAAAGACUUGUUUAUUCCUUCAGUGGUUUCCCUGGCUGUGCCCCUAACUCUAUUGUCCUUCACUAGUGACGUCAAUGGGAAUGGGAAGGAUUCUUCAAAUGUUUUAGCUUCUGAACAGAUGGCUCCUCGUGGACAACUUGUUUUCUCUGUUGGGCUUGGGGCUCUGGUAUUUGUUCCGGUGUUCAAAGCUUUAACUGGUCUACCACCAUACAUGGGCAUGCUGCUUGGACUAGGAGUUCUUUGGAUCCUUACUGAUGCUAUUCAUUAUGGUGACUCUGAAAGACAACGCUUGAAAGUGCCACAGGCUUUGUCACGAAUUGACACCCAAGGAAUUCUCUUUUUCCUGGGAAUACUUCUAUCGGUCAGCAGCCUAGAGGCAGCUGGAAUUCUUCGCGAAUUGGCAAAUUACCUUGAUGCCCAUAUUCCUAAUCCUGAGCUAAUUGCAAGUGCAAUUGGAGUUGUGUCAGCAAUUAUAGACAAUGUUCCUCUGGUUGCAGCAACCAUGGGAAUGUAUGACCUAACAUCGUACACCCAAGAUUCUGAGUUCUGGCAGUUGGUUGCAUUUUGUGCCGGUACAGGUGGUUCCAUGCUAGUUAUUGGUUCAGCUGCAGGAGUUGCAUUCAUGGGACUGGAAAAAAUUGAUUUCUUUUGGUACUUGCGGAAGGUGAGUGGUUUUGCUUUUGCUGGCUAUGCUGCUGGAAUUGCUUCAUAUAUAGCGGUUCAUAAUCUUCAAGUCUCCCUCCCCACAGUAGCUCAAAUCCCUUUCCUUCCGGGAUCAUAGUCAGAAUACUGCUCAGAUGUUAAGCAUCAUGGCUGUGAAUUGAGGAAUAAUGUUCAUACGACUGAUUGCUUCUACGUAGAAGGUAGUAAUCAAGUUGGUAGGAAUCAGGAGAUUGUACGGAGCACUGUAUACCUUCAACCAUAUACUGAAAGUCUCGACAAGAUAUAAAAAGUUGCCUUCUGGAAAAUGGGACUAUAUUUAGAUCGUAAGUAGUUCUCAGGCAGUUUUCAGCAAUGCUGGCAUUGUAGUUAAUUACGAGCAAUGCUCAAUAAUAUGUUUUUGUAGCAAAUGAUCAAGAUCUUCCACAACCCUUCAGGGGCUUGUAAUGAGUCGACAUGACUAAAUGUAAGUAAUACUGUGAAACUACUUUUUUGGCCUUUGUUCCAUAGAGGAAACCUUUGUUUACAGGAAAA